AAAUGAGCAAGAGCCCCAAUGGGGGAAGCGGAUCCCAGCCUUCGUUGCAGCCAUGGACCUUCUGCAUAGUGUCGGGGUCCAGGCCACCUGCUAUCUCCAAGAGAACCUCAUGGACUUCCGGGACUGGUUCCUCUUCAUCUCUGCUGCUGCUGACCUCCGGACCACCUUCUUCGUCUUCUUCCCCAUCUGUUUCCACCUGAAGGAAUCUGUGGGGAUCCGGCUGAUCUGGGUGGCUGUGAUCGGUGAUUGGCUCAACCUGGUUUUCAAGUGGAUCCUCUUUGGACAGAGACCCUACUGGUGGGUGUAUGAGACAGACUUCUAUGGCCCUGCCCCACCCCCGGUGAUACAGCAGUUUCCCAUCACCUGUGAGACCGGUCCAGGCAGCCCUUCUGGUCAUGCCAUGGGGUCCUCGGGGGUCUCCUAUGUCCUGGUGACAGCACUCCUAGCCCAGCGAUCGCCACUGCAGCCAAACACCUUCAUCACCAGGUGUCUACGCAGCCUCCUGUGGGCAGGAUUCUGGGCUGUACAGGUUUGUGUCUGUUUAUCCCGUGUCUUCCUUGCUGCCCAUUUUCCACACCAGGUGAUCUCUGGGGUGGUCUCAGGGAUGGUGGUAGCAGAAGUUUUUGCGCAUGUCCGCUUCAUCUACAACACCACCCUCUGGCGAUAUGUGGGCACCACCCUCUCCCUCUUCAGCUUCGCCCUGGGUUUCUACCUGCUGCUCAAGAUGUUGGGCGUGGACCUCCUGUGGACCUUGGAGAAAGCCAACAUGUGGUGCGAACGGCCAGAGUGGGUCCAUAUUGACACCACCCCGUUUGCCAGCUUGCUUCGCAACCUGGGUAUUCUCUUUGGCCUGGGGGUAGGCCUCCACUCCCCCAUGUAUGCAGAAAGCUGUAAAGGGAAGCAAAGCCAACAGUGGGCCUUCCGCCUCAGCUGCAUCUUGGUCUCCCUGCUCAUCCUGCAUCUGUUUGACUCCUUUGAACUCCCCACAAGCAGGGAGCAUCUCUUCUAUGUCCUCAUCUUCUGCAAGAGCGCUUGUGCUCACGUCUGUGCUGUGGCACUGAUCCCCCGUGGCAUCUCCUGGCUCCUCCAGCAGGCAGAGAAGAAAGACUUGUAGGGAACAGAAGACUUGGGAGUGGAGCAGCCCCAGCCCAGGCAAGGGAUAGAACGAUGCCUGGAAGGUUGUCUCUCCUCCUCCUGUUACCACAUGCUAUCGAGGGCCUUCUCUCUUCCUGCCUUGCUUGUGGCGCUUCUAGAAGCAUCUGCUAAUUACUGCAGGGAACAGGAUCCCAGAUGACACAGAGCCUACAUCGGGUCCAGUUUGGACUGCUUGACUGCUUCCCUGUCCCCACGUUAAAUGUGGCUGUAGCUGCCCCACAAAAGGACAUUUUUCUCAAUCUUUUAAGUGUUUGUUUUCUGCUGUAUGCAUCCCAGCUGGGUUGCAGCACAUUUCACAUGCCAUGGUGCUUUGACUGCAUUGUGAUGAUUGGCAAUGGAACGACAACCCACUGUUAAGAGGUCUUUAAGCUCCCACCCUAAACGGGAAUUUGCAGAGGCACAACUGAGGUGACCAGAAAGAGAGAAGUAAGGCACACCUGUAGAAUGCCGGCUUUGAUCGAGAACCCAGCCCUGGAAAGGAAGAAGGUGCCUCUGCAUGCUGACAGCGCCCUCUUUCCAAGUCACCUCUUGAAUUAGAGGGAAGUUGUUUCCAGCACAUGACUUGUUCCCCAUCCUCCCUCACCUGUGCAGAGGACUGCCACCCCACAGGCCUUUCUACUAAAUCAGGCCUUUGUCUAUUUUUCUUGAGGGCAAUAACAUCCACAGAGCA